CCUGAAACACCAUCGUGCUACCGGUAGUAAUCCGUUGUCCAGAAAGACCAAGCAGUUUGAAACCAUGGCACAUCCUCCUGCUGCCAGCCGCCGUUCCACUCGAAAAUGUCAAUCUCCAGUCCGCCUUGGCUUCGACGACGAUGGAGCAGAGGAAAAGAACAAGCGGCAGAAAACUACACAUGGGUCCGGAAACAAAAACAGCGCUUUGCUAGAAGCACUUCCGGAAGAAAUUAUCCAAAGAAUCAUCUGCGAAGAUCUCGCCGACGUCUCGAAUCACUUUUCAUUGCAAUCAACGAACAAAUUGUUCUAUAAACUUUCCAGGUCGGCAGAAGGGCGCAAGAGCUUGAAGCUUCUUGAUGGCGAAAACUCCACCUUCCCUCUGAAACCCUCAGAGCUUCUCCCUUAUGCCAACAACAAUAACAUGGACGCCAUCUAUCUGUUGGCAAUGAUAGCAGUGUACGUGGAAGACGACCUCGAAGUUGGGUUUUCUUUACUAGAACGAGGAGCCCGUGAUGGCCACAAUUUAGCCAAGCACGAGUUGGGCAUCCUGCUCAAGCGUGUAAGCAAAACCGCUGGUAACGUUGAGGAAUAUCUCAAAGCAGGACAAGAGUUCAUCAAUGAAGCAGCAGCGGCGGGGCUGGCCAUUUCUGCUCUUGAAAAGAAUCAGCAAAAUCGACAGUUGAGAGAGAAAGCUGGAAAGGAAGUGGUUGCUACGCUACCUUUGAUGGAUCUGGUCGCCCAAAAGCCGCCGGCUCCACGACCCAAAUGGCAGUGGACAUCCUGCUCAAAUCCGUCAUGUAUGCGCGGCAGCUAUAUAAUAACUCCUCGCUGCAGGCGGUGGUUGGCAUUGAAGGACCACUCGGAGGAUUGGAAAUCGUGCCGUUCUUUGGUUCAGUCCUGUGGCAUGCAAUCUGCUUAUUUCUGCCCUGAAAGUCCCUACAGCCUGAAUAGCAUCCCCUUGUGUGCUGGUUGUCGGGAGACUCCAUAUUGUAGCAGAAGUUGCCAGCGUCUAGACUGGCCUCAGCACAGAAGAGAGUGUUCGUUCUGACGAGGAACAACAUACAUGUGAGAAACAUAUGAAUGGAAACAGGGGGGAAAAGAAGAAUGGUUCCUAUCGGCGCAGUCAGUUUCAGGCGGUACCGGUACCGUCUGUUGUGCAGGUGGGCGGAUUGCUGGGUCAAUAAUAUUAUAUACGGUAGCACGAUGCUAUCAAUCAACAAUGGCAGUAAGAAGUUUGAUUGGCUGUUUCUAAAAAGUUCGGAAAAUGCUAUGGAGAUGGGCCUUCUCUUCUGUUCUUCCUCGCACCGUAGGGGAUACGAUUACGUCCUUUGAAGCCGCCCAGCUAUGAUAGCCACCGCGAAAGGGCCUAAUAGGAGUGUUACAUUUAGUUUGUUCAGUACCUACAUCAAUUGGCUUGGCCCUAGUGGUCAUCAUAAGUACUGAGUAGCCUUUAGGCCCAGCUUGGGUAAUGGGGUUGCAGAGCUUCAAAACUAUUCUCUGUCAUUUUGAAGAUCUCUCGAUGCAAACUUGAGGGCCCAGCAAUCAUCUUGGACGGCUGCAAGCACAAUUUCCUCGCUGGCUUUCACCUGAACUGGUGGUUCUUCGAGAGCCCUUUUUUGUACCGUCGAGUCGAGAGCCAAUGUUCCUGCUCCACUGCGUUCAUUGCACUAGCUACAAAUUUUGGUCAGCUGUGGCUACAACAGGAGAAUAGGGAGUUGUGCGCCUUGCCAGAGGAUAUGAUAGAUAACGCCAAUAUGCCAGGGAUCCAACGGUGCUUGCUAACUUCGCUUUGUCAUACCAUACUCUAAAUCCCCUACAGUCGUACUGUAUGCAUACAGCAAUCGUGGCCGCUCUGCUGGUUGCUUCAAUUGUUCCGACA